AUGCCUGCUCUAGAAGUUUUAAAUCUGUCUAGAACCCGCAUUCGGUGCUUGCCAGAGUCCAUAUCUCAACUUGUCAGCCUCAAAAGACUCUUCUUAAAUGAUUGUGUCCUUUUGAGAUCGAUAUCGCCAGCAAUUGGAAGGCUCAAGCAGCUGGAGGUAUUUGAUCUUGAGGGGACGAAGAUUAAGAAUCUUCCCAAGGAAAUUGAAUGUUUAAUCAAUAUGACUUGUUUGGGGUUCUCAAUUUCUGGAACUGAACCUUCAAAUGACUCUAAAACUGUGAUUCCUCAUGGGGUAAUAUCUUCUCUAUUACACUUGGAAGAACUGAAUCUCGAUGUGAAUGCCGAUGCUGAAUGGUGGGAUACAUGUGCUGAAGGUGUUGUAUCUGAAGUUUGCAACUUGAAAAGGUUAAGCACUUUCAAGUUCUCCUUUCCUACAAUGGAACUUUUGAGGCAAUUUAAUCAGCUUAGGAAAUCGAUGGAGCAUCCAUCUUUAGCUCAAUUUAGACUUUGUGUUGGUAAUCAUGCUAGCUGCAUCAUGAAUCGGCUACCAUUAAAUAUUGAAUUCGAAUUGGAACGGUGCAACCGAUACUUGAGGUACACAAAUGGUGACGAUGUCUUCACCGAUAUUAAGGACAUGCUGCAACAGUUAGAUGCAUUAUUCUUAGAAAGGCAUGCUAAUCUCAAGACCCUGUCUGAACUAAGAAUAAAUAGCAUGGAGCAACUCAAAUGGUGUGUUCUGGGGGAGUGUAAUGAGCUUGAAGUGCUCAUAGAUUCAUCUGAUACCAUGCAUCAAGAGGCUUUGAUCGAAUCUCACUGCAAAAGUGCCUGUCUUGAAUCGCUGGAGUUUUUGUAUGUGUAUUACAUGAGAAACUUGAGAAACAUUUGGAAGGGCUCAGUGCAAAAGGGAUGUUUAUCUUCUCUAAAGUUGUUGACAUUAUGUAAAUGCCCCGAGUUGACGGUUAUUUUCUCAUGUGAGAUGCUCGAUAAUCUCAACAAUCUAGAAGAGGUCACAAUUGAGGACUGCCCAGCCAUCAAAAGCCUGAUUAGCUGCCAAAAUUCAUUUUGCGAAGUCCUCAAGUCGUCUUAUUUCCUCCCUAUGUUGAAGAAGUUGUCCCUCCAUUACGUGCCUGAACUUUCCAGUAUAUCCUGUGGGCUAUGGAUUGCAUUGAGGUUAGAAAGGUUAAGUUUUUACAACUGCCCGAGUCUCAAGUCUCUUUCGACCAAUGAAGUUUCCAGUGAGCAGUUGAAGAAAAUCAGGGGGGAGAGGAGUUGGUGGAAGGACUUGGAAUGGCGUGGCCAUAAGCCAGAUCACUUGGAUGGUAUUUUCGUCCCAAUUGACACAUGUGACGUCCCUUGA